AUGGACGACGAUUGGGGUCUCCAUGCGAUUGUCAGAAGCUGUAACACCUCAACCACCCCUGUUAAUCCCACCACCACCACCCUCUCCUCCGGCGCCGGCACCGCCGCCCUCGCACCCUAUUAUCAGCCUUCCUACACUCCUUCUUACACUGCCGCCACUUAUGUCUACCCAUCCUCCGCCGGUUAUGUCCAUUCUAACUCCCCUGUCCCCCAAACUUAUGUUCAACCUUCUUCAUCCACCUUUCAAAACCCAGAUGUCCAAAACCAGUUUCAUCUUCAAAAUGACAUGAACUCUGGCUUGCUCUUUCCAGAUCCAUAUCAGGAUCUAAUAUUCAAUCCCUACAUCCCCAAAUUCGAAACUUUAUUAUAUCCUCAAGGCAUACCCAUUUCACCCCUGAGCGGUCUCCAAGAGCUGUCACCACCACAACUGCUGCUGCCACCGCAACCAACAGAGCUGAUACAGGAGAUUCAUCCUAGUCCUAAGUCCAAAAAAGGCAAGAAGCACCUACAGAAGAAGAAUGUCUGUCACGUGCCUGCUGAUGGUUUAUGCUCUGACAUGUGGUGUUGGCGUAAAUACGGCCAGAAACCCAUCAAAGGGUCUCCAUAUCCGAGGGGAUAUUAUAGGUGUAGCACACUGAAGCAUUGUAUGGCCCGGAAACAUGUGGAGCGGAAUAAAUCCAAUCCGAAUACGUUUAUCCUUACCUACACUGGAGAACACUGUCAUCCGAUGCCUAUGUACCGGAAUUCUCUAGCCGGAUGUACUCGUCCGAAACCAUAUACUUAUGCCAUAUCAAACAAGCCUCAUUACUCAUCGGAAUCCUCGUCUGUGAGUUUCUCUCCGGCAGCAACUCCGGUGGAUCAGAGAUUGGUGGAUCAUAGAUUGGAGGAUAUGUUGAAUGAUGAGUUUGAUCAUCUGGAUGGUAGUUGUAUGGAAUUGUCCGAUGAUUUCUUUGAGGGUUUGGAAGAGAUCACCGGAGCGAUGGCUGGAGAGGCGUGUCCCCCGUUUCCAUGGCCGAUCAAUGAUGUAACAACCACAGACGCCGGCAACAGAUGA